UUACAACCCGACGACGGUGAUUAAUUAUUUAUGGCGACAACUUCUAGCUCCGGCCAGAUCUCAGUCGUUAACCCUAAAUUCUGUUCACCUUACCCAGUUGAUAUCAUCAUAAAACAGAAGCGCUCCACCCUAAGUAAACAAAAAUACGCCGUCACCGGCGUUAAUGGGGAUUCCUUGUUUCAGGUGACAGGGAACUUCUUCGGCUUCCAUCACCGUCGCUUCCUCCUUGAUCCCGCCGGAAACACCAUCCUCACUCUUCAGAAAAGUAGUAUGAGCAUGCAUUCAAGAUGGGAAGUUUUCAGGGGAGACAGUACCGAUUAUAAGAAUCUAUUAUUUAGCCUGAAGAGGUCUUCUAUGUUCCAAAUAAAGACUCAAUAUGAUGUUUUCAUGGCUACCAAUCCAGAGGAACGUGGUAGUUGUGAUUUCAAGAUCUAUAAAAAAGAGAUCUAUGCUGGAAACACUAAAAACAUCGCUAUAGCUCAGGUAAGCGAUUUUCUAUAA